AUGAAGAUCCAGAUCUUCUGGUCCCGUCACCCUUCCACGAUCGCGGUAGGCUAUUGGCAUUGGGUACGAUACACGCUCGUCAUUGCCUUCCUAAUCAGGGGGCGCAUGCAUUCCGUGGUCCAGACUCGGACGAUCCGUGACGGACUCCACCGCCUGGGCGAUAGGGCUGCGGUGCAGGGAAGGUCUUCCACCGCAAGAACUGAAGCCCGUACGUCAGUAGAGCCCGCUGGUGAUGGGCAUACAGGGCAAAAGGCAUCGGUCAAGAAGUGCCAUACGUUCUGCAUCGUGGAUGCGUCAUGCCUACUGUGCCUACACUGUAUGACUCGAUCGAGCAGACGUCGGACGGGUGCCGCCGUUUGCUGUCUGCAGUGGAGCGCACUUUAUGACUUUGACAGCAUGGAGGGGAGACAGGCGUUGCGGUCCGCCAUCCGUUGUCGACUCUUGACGUCCGACAUUGAGGAGAAGGGAGAGCGGUGUAAAAAUAACCGCUGCGCCUCGUUCGCGUCAUUUGGCGGUGCCGGCCACAGUCUGAGCGCCAAUGGAAGGGCAGCAGGGCGGACCACAACGCAUGCUAUUGGUCAACGGAUGUGGCUCAGUCAUGUGGGCCAAGAAAAGUGUGGCGCUAAGGCUUGUCGGAGACCGACUGCUCACCGACCUUGA